CAAAACUGGUUUUGGAUAACUCGUUAGUUGUUCGACGAGGAUAUCCGAAAGUGAAAAAAAAAUUCUCCUUAGUUUUUACUUUCUUAUAUACCCACUCUGCGGAUUAUAAUGAUUAUAACACCACACUACUGGGCUUGAAACAAUAGAGAAAGUUGAUUGGCCACGGGACAUCUAAGCGCCAAGUCGACAUAUUAUAUUUUCAAUCGAUAUUCGUUAAUGUUUUUCAAGAACAGAAUAUAUCGAGUUCAGUGUAGUAUACAUCUCCGGAGCCUUCGGUUACGGAUGAAAUGACUGCGUCAGAUAAUAAUUACACUCGGAUCAUCGUCGCAGCUCGACUCGUUUCACUACUAUAUACAGCAUUGGCAUCUAAAUCACGACACACGUCCGGUGAUCGCGACCGAGUGCUAAAAUUCGAAUCCGCGUUCGUGCGCGCGUUCUCUCGAUUCGUCGACAUUCAAAUCGACGUCACGCGCACACGAUAUACGUCUGUGGCCGUUAUAACAAUAUAACUGCUGGUCUUCUGCACUCGAAGUAACGAGCACCACAUCACCGAUCGUUAUGACUUCUUCCGGCGGAAGUUGCGAGUGCUCGUGGUCCGAUUCGUCGUUCCUGUCCGGCUCGUGCGGCAACACCGGUGGCCUGGCGUUUUUCAUGUCGUUAGUGGACCUGGUGAUCCGGUCACAGUGCUCGGUGACGGAUCCAUGCCGUCGGGCCACAGGUCGUCGGCCUUUCCCGGCCGGUCCGGUGUACCCGGAGGAACUCGAUUUCGUGGUGGUUGGAGGCGGCGUGGCAGGUUCCGUGGUGGCGUCCCGGCUGAGCGAAGUGUCUGGCUGGACGGUGGGACUGCUGGAGGCCGGACCCGAAGAGCCGUCGGCCACGUCGGUGCCGGCGUUCGCUUCGGCCGCGAUGGGCACCGAGCUCGACUGGCGGUACCUGACCGAGCCGCAGAGCAACGCGUGCCUGGCCACGGGCGGAAUAUGUGCGUGGCCGCGGGGUAAAAUGUUGGGUGGCACCGGGGCUAUGACGGGCAUGAUGUACUCGAGGGGCCACCGGCGCUUAUACGACUCAUGGCGCGAUUCGGGGGUGGUGGGCUGGGGCUACGACGACGUGCUUCCGUACUUCAAGAAGUCCGAGAGGAACAUGGACACCGAUUUGGUGGAGCCCGAGUACCACGGAUUCGACGGUCCUGUGGCCGUGCAGAGGUUCGCUCAUCGUCCUGAGAUGGCAGAGUCCAUCGUGCAGGCCGGUGUCGAGUUGGGUUACAGAACUGGCGACCUUAACGGACACAAUCAAACAGGAUUUUCCAUAGCCCAGGUGAUGGUGGAUGAAGGUCUGCGGAUGAGCACUUCGCGAGCAUAUUUGCGACCCGCUCACAACAGGCCUAACCUGUUCGUGAAGAUCAACAGUCGUGUGACCGGAUUGGUGUUGAAUAAGCUGAACAACCGCGUGCAGGGUGUCAAGUACGUGGACCAGUACGGCGAGCACAUGGUGCGCGCCCGAAAGGAAGUGAUCCUGUCGGCGGGCGUCGUUGGUUCCGCUCACUUGCUCUUGGUGUCUGGCAUUGGACCGGCCGAGGAACUGCUUCGGGCUGGUGUCACUGUUUUCCAGGAUCUUCCGGUCGGUCGGAACCUGCAGCACCACGUGUCCGUCAGCAUCGCGGCCACGGUAAACGCAUCCGAAGAGGCCCAUUACCUGACCAUGGACGCGGUGUCCGAGUUCCUGGCCACGCGCACUGGCCCGCUGGCAAGCACGGGACUCACGCAGACUACAGGAUUUUUAACUACCUCGUACUCGGUUGACGGGGUACCCGACGCACAGGUGUACUUCGAUGGUCUGGCGCCCAACUGUGACAAGAUCCCGGUGGAUCCGGACGGCCCGGCGUACCGGAAGUAUGACGGUGCGAGGGCGUACGUGUGGGCCAGACCGACUUACCUGUUGACAAGGAGCAAAGGCUACAUCGCGUUGAGGACUGGCAAUCCGCUGGACGACCCGAUCAUUCAGCCUAAUUACUUCCAGGACCCGCGGGACGUGCUGGCCAUGGUGGACAGCAUCCGGAUAGUGUUGGCUUUGAUGAGCACGCGAGCGCUGAGCAGAUGGGACAUGCAGCCUGACACUACGCCGUACCCUGAAUGCGCGCAGCACGAGUAUAAUUCGAACGCGUAUUGGGCGUGCGUGGUGGUCACCGACACGAAGCCCGAAAAUCAUCAUUCGGGAACUUGCAAGAUGGGACCUGCCGACGAUCCCGAGACGGUGGUCGACCCCGAGCUCAGGGUACUCGGUGUGGCCAACCUGAGGGUGAUGGACGCGUCCGUGUUCCCCACCGGACCCAACUGCAAUCCAAUAGCGCCGAUAAUGAUGGUGGCCGAGAAGGGAUCGGAUAUGAUCAAGCAGACGUGGAGGGCAUAUGUGCACGAGAACAACGUGCCGCCGUACACAAAGUCAAGGACUUCACGAUAAUGAUAAUAAUAUAAUUAUUAUAUUGCCAAAUUACAUUUGCAAUCGCCGUGAACUUGAUCCAUAAUCUGGAUCAUAAUAUGUAUUAUAUAUACGUUAUAUAGGACCAAAUUUCUAUUAUUUAUUUUUUCCACGUUUUUUUGACGAUAUGUAGAUAAACUCACAUAUUUUGAAUGUAUCUUUUUGAGUCAAAAUGUAUCGAUUUGAAUCGAUGUAAAUAUAGUUCUAAUGAGUAUAUUCAAUAAGUAGGAGGUGUAUACUAUUAGAAUUUAUUAACGUGUUUAACUUAUUUAGUGAUAAAAACAUAAAAUUCAUGAUCAAAAUCUUUGUUGUUAUUUUUUACAGUCAGCGCUAUACGCAUAAAAAAGUUAAUAGUUUUAAUUUAUUAAAAACUUAUACUGUACUCUGGAUUUUUUUUUUGAACUUUAAUAACUUUAACUUUAAAUUUAAUAACACAAAAUGAAAUAAGAAUCAAUAGCAUAAUUUAGUAUACUUGUACAAAAAUUAAUAAUCUAACCGAAGUAUAUACUUUUUUGAAUACCAAACAAUUUAUUAAUAAUUGUGAAAAUAUAAUAUUUAAAAAUAUGUAAAACACACACUUCAUAAUCAUCAGAUUCUAGAAAUGAAGCAUAACAGUUUUACUAAAAACUAUAGAGAAUAUGUAUAUUAUAGUAAUGAUAUUUUAUAAUUUUUUGUUAUUGUUUAUAUUAGUAUUGAUAUAAUACGUAAAAACAUAUUAUUCUAAAUUUGUUUAAUGUCCCUUGAGUUUUGAUUUAUUACAAUUAUUAUCAACUAUUAUUACUAUAAAACCAAUGUCAGUCGUUGUCUCAUCUCUAUACAUUUUGUGUACAAUAUUGAUAUUAUGUAUUUUCGUCGUUUAAGUUCUUCAAUUCAUACAUUUUUUUUAUCAAAGCUAGAUCCGGAUGCAAUGUUGGCUGUUGCACAUUAAAUAACUAUUUUACAAAUAAUUAUAUUAAAAAUACAACUAUAUUAUUA